AUGGUCAAUGGCAAACCAGUCGCGAUGGGGGAGUACCUGGGCCGAGAGUGGAGCGAGGCCAUCAGAUCAUUGGCCCAGAUCAACACAACCGAACAACCAACAUACUGCCAAACGCCGCUACGUCCCUGGCAGAAAACCGGCGUCGCCAAACUCAAAUACUUACGAACCAGUCGGUGUAAGGGAGGAAUCCUUGGUGAUGAACAAGGCUUGGGCAAGACCGUGGAAGUACUAAGUGCAAUGGUCCACGAGAUCUGUUCCGGAGACAGUGUGUACAAUGGGUUCAAUUUGAUCAUUACCAUCAAAGCCUCAAUCCCAGAAUGGCUCGAAGCCGUGUCUGGAGAGCCAACGCAUGCGGCAGGCAGUACGAGUGUCCUGUGA